CUUAAUUACAACUGCCUAUAAAGUAAUGUUUCAUAAAAUUUCCAAAAUUUAACCUCCUACUUUCUUUUACUAUUAUUCUUUGACACUCAAUGCACACAGUAUCGAUUACGAGGUUUUGACCAAUCUCCCUAUUUGUACUGGGCCCAUGUAAACACAUAGAUAUCUUGACACACACAGACAAUGAGAUGAAUUUUGAUUAUACAGUCUACCUCUUCUUAUUACUAAAAUAAGCAGGUAUUCUAUAUGACUUAUUUUGCCCUAAUAUGCACACAUACAAUUGUAAUAUCAUAUGGCGAUGUGUAAAUUUAUUGUGAAAUUCAUUUUGUGCCUUUUUCCCGAAGUAAAAUACCGUCAUCAGAUUGGCUGACUGAAAUAAUUAAAUUUCAUUUAAUAAAAUUGCAGGCCGAAAACAUCACCGAAUUAUACACCAUACUUGUGGAUUUCUUUCUUAGUUAAUAGUUGAACUUGCAUUCUGAAUUUUAUUAAUAACAAUAUCAUGUCAACUGUCGCUAUGCCGGCCACUGCUUAUCAAGCAUCUACUCCUGGAAAUCCCCCACAAAUCUUAGGCCCAUUAUCUGGCGGUGGUGAAGUACCAGAAGGAGAACCUGUUCAUUUAGAAUUACGAAUAGCUCCUCCAGGUGAUUUACAAGUACAGUGGUUUAAAGAUGGCGUUGCCUUAAGCGCAGGUUCUCGUUACAAUACAAUGUGUGAGCGUGGUUUAGCAUCACUAGAUGUCAUCUAUACAAUUCCAGAGGAUAGUGGUACUUAUUUUUGCGUCAUCUCAAAUCCAUAUGGCCAUGCUCAAAGUGAGGCAGUUCCUGUAAAUGUAAUACCUGAAAUUGAUCCAAGUCAAGAUCACGUAGAUGUACAGUCUGCUGAUCUCUAUCAAGCAACUAGUGCACCUACAAAAGAAUAUGAACGUGAUCAGAGAAGUCAGCCAAAGAGUGCACCACAUUUUACUCAACAACCGGUGAUUAGUAGUAGUGAUGUUCUUGAAGGAGAACCUGUCAGAAUAGAAGCAUAUUUAAAUACAACAAGUGAUUCAACACUACAAGUUGAUUGGAUGAAAAAUGGACAACCAGUUGGUACAGGAAGCCGUUUUAACGCUGUCCUUGACAGAGGUUUAAUCGUUCUGGAAAUCGGAUACUGUUUAGCCGAAGAUAGUGGGUUGUAUGUUUGUGUAGCUACAAAUGCGCUUGGCCAUACAGAGAGCCAACCUGUGGAACUGAGAUGCCAACCAGAAGAACGAAUUGUUACCAAGUCGAUUCUGGAUCAACAAUCUAUAAAUCAUUUGAAACAGCUAGAGGAACCUGGCGAGGAUUAUGAUUACAUGAUCAACUCAACUGUUCAGGGUAUACCACCAUCUUUCAAAGCGAAUUUAGAACCUUCUUCAGUCCAAGUUAGUGAAGAUGAACCUGUAAUUUUUUCUGUACCUGUUGACUGUGGAAACGGAGAUCGUUUGGUUAUCGAGUGGAAACGUGAUGGUCAGGUUGUUAAAACAGGUUCUCGAAUCACAGGAAGAUUAGAACUUGGAAUAGCCAGUUUGAAAAUUCAUUAUGCUCAACCGAACGACACAGGUGCAUACACUUGUCAUGUUUCUACAGAAUAUGGAUCAGCUGAUUGUGGUCCUUCAAACUUAUUAUGUGAAGCUACUGGAAGUAUAAUCGCUGCAAGUCAACUUCCAGGUGACAAAGAAAAAGGUCUACUAGCAAUCGAAGCCAUAGAAGCAAAUCUACAUGCACCACGUGGUACCGUGUGGGAAGACGACAGUCCACAUGAAGCACCUGUUAUUAUUCAGCAACCACAAUUAGUUGGUGAAAUUGAGGAAGGGACUGCUAUUCACUUUGAUGUUCAAGUAGAACCGGCUGCUGAUCCUUCACUUAUUGUUGAAUGGUUUAAAAGUGGUAAUUUAUUAACAAGUGGAACAAGAUUCAAGGUUGCUUAUGAAAGAGGACUAGCCAUAUUAGAUUUGUUGUAUACUAUUCCUGAAGAUAGCGGUGAAUAUUGGUGUCGGGUAGAAAACAAAGCUGGUCAAGUGGAAAGUAAUCAUGUACAAGUUUUAUGUAAUCCUAGUGCAUCUGUAAUCACACACAGCAAUCUCCUACAAGGUUCAGAAGGUUACAAUCUAAUAAAGGCUAUUGAGGAAGUCGACCAGCCAGAUGGAGAUGAAUACAGGUACAUAGAAGAUGAAGAAGUUGAUUCAGCUCCCAACUUUGACGUAAAGCCUCAACCUGCUACAAUAGGUGAAGGUUCUCCAGUUAAAUUUUUAGUACGUGUUAGUGGCAAGCCAACACCACAAUUGACUUGGUAUCUGAAUGAUGAACCAAUUGAACAAGAUUCAAUUACAAAAAUUUAUAGUGAUGGUGCAAUAAACUAUCUAGAAAUGAGUCGUUGUCCUGCUUUGCAAGGAACUAAUAAAUUACACGUUAUUGCACAAAAUCAAUUAGGCAAAGCUGAAGCUGAGACCAUUCUCACCGUUUUAUUAGCAGAAGAUUUCAGACCGGAUUUAAAACAUGUUAAACCAGAAAAUCCAUACAAAAAGAUGGUUGGAUUACGUAAAGUAGACUGUUCUCCAGAAUUAAACAAAGCUUUAACAAGAACUAAACCAUCUGCACAAACAAUUAUGGAAAUGGAAAGAGGUUCUGAAAUGAAAGCACGUAUGUAUCGUUCACCAGAAGUAAUUGAAGCGGAAAAGAUGUUGGAUCAACUUGCUUUAAAUUUAAAAAAAUCUGAAGUCAAACGACCUUUGGUAAAUGGUGGUCAUCAAAAUGAUGUAGCUUAAUUUUGGCGCAAAAAACUUCAGUGCACAAACUCAUUUAGACAUCAAUGGAGUACAUUGACUAUCAUAUUUAAAGUUGAUAUGAAAUAAAUUAUUCUAUUUACAAACGUUUAUUUACUACAUAACAUCAAUUGCAAACAGUCAAACUUUGAUUUAUUGUGCAUUUAAAAACAACAAACAAUCAUAGAAGACUAACAAUAACAUUCUACACAAAGGAAUUGACAUUAUUAUCGUGUAUUUAUAUUUAUAUCAAGCUUCUCUUAUCUUCAAUCUUUCUUGUUUUUUUUCGUCUUUAUCAUUUACUUUUCAGUAGUAUCUUUUGAUCAUAUUUAAUUUCAAGCAUUUAGUUAAACUAUCAUAUAGUGCUCGCGAGUGAUAUUGACAUGGAAUACUAAAUUAAAAACAAACGAUUUUUCAACUAUUAUUAAAAUUAACUGAUCAUUAUUUGAAUUAAUGGCUUCUGCUUAUUCUUGCAAUUAUGUAGUUAAUGAAAUUCAACCCAUUACAUUUAUUUGUUAAUGGGUUUUUAGAUUUACAAAGGAACACACAGGCAUUUAUUUAUAUAUAUAUGCUUGAUAAUCUUUCAAAUAAUGGAAUCUAAACAUAUUUAUUCCAUUAUAACACAAUGAUUAUAAUCAGUAUUGAAUUGAAACUAAUUGUGAAUAACAUUUAAACAAAUAUCUACUUCAAUUUUGAACAAUAUGACAUACAUAUUUAAAAUGUUCCAUUUAUUCUGUUACAAUGUUUAUUUAACAGUUUGUCUUUGAAUUUAUUUUCAUUCAUGGAAAAAAAAUAGAAGAAAAAAGUAUUAUCAUCAAUAUAAUACUAAGUUUUAUACUGAAUAUACAUGUCACUAGUUAAGUUGAUCACAAGUAGUUUGUUAUAAUGAUAAAAUACUUCUUUGAAGAUAU